AUGUCUCGCUAUGCUAAGUUCCUCAAGGAAUUGCUGACUAACAAGAAGAAGCUAGAAGAGGUAGCCACCGUUACAUUAAGCAAGGAAUGCUCCACCAUCAUCUCCAACAAGAUCCCCAAGAAAGAGAAAGAUCGGGGAGGUUUCAUCAUCCCAUGUACUAUUAAGGGAAUGCUUGAUAAGGAAGCACUUGCUAAUCUUGGAGCAAACUUGGAUGACAAGGCUAAGGUUGCCUUAAUAAUUGGGUUUCCAUUUUUGGUCACAUCACAAGGAUUGAUUGAUGUUAAGGAUGAUCAAAUUGUAUUACGAGUGGGUGAUGAAGAAGUAGUAUUCAAGUUAAAAGAUGUUAUGCGCCACUCAAUGGACGAUGAUGACUUGUGUUAUGCUUUAGAUGUUAUUGAUGAUUGUGUUGUUGAUUUUGUGUAA